UCGUUGGUCUCCCCUGGACAUCGUUCUACCAAUUAAAAACACAUUUUUUUAUAUAAAAACCGACUAUUCAGUAUACGAGGGGCAUCGAAAAUGAUCUAAAAUGAAUUAUUUCAAACGAGGAAUGGUAUUCUUAACGUUUUUCGUCGCUUGCAUCUCUAUGGGUCUGUUGGUGGCCAGUUUGGGCACCAAGCACUGGGUCGAGGCUCGAGCGAAAAGGAUCAAAAAUCCGCUGGAGAGCGACGGUAAAAUCAAUUUCGGUUUGUUCGACGGAAAGAAGGAGCUGAACGUGGCGUACGGAUGGAGGACGUACGAAAUUGAUGUGAUACAUCUUUUGAAAUACGAGCCAGAGUUUCUAUCCUACGGAUUUUGGUUAGGAACGACCAUAUUUGUAUGUGCCGGAUUACUAUUUUCUGCCAUAAGUGCUGUUUUUUCAGCUAUUAACACUGCCACCACCACUUCUAGAUGUCUGACUAGAGUGUCGGGCCUUUAUUUGUGGAAUUUUCUUGCAGUUGUUUGCGAUGUAGUUGCAGUAUGUUUAUGGACAGCACAAUUUUUCUUGAACAUUCAGUAUAGCGUUUUGACUCGUGAAGACAAAGAUAAUGAAUGGACGUCUGAAAAUAUGGCUGAACUAGGAUUUUCCUUUUGGUUUGUGGUUGUUGCAGCAAUAUCUUCUUUCAUCAAUAUAAUCUUAGUCUUCAUAACAAAUACAGAAAGAGACGUAGAAACGAUAAUACCUGUAUUAGAAGAAAAAACCAACGGAGCCAUUAUGUUAUAUUAAUUUAAAGUGAAAAAAAACUUCUACGAAAAAAGUGGACAAUGUUCACCAUAAUAAACUAAUGUAAUUAGUGCAACAAGUGUAAAUAAUAGACAAUAUAUUAUAUAAUUUGGACUGUAUUUUUAAACCAUUAAUUUAUAUAAACAUAAAUCAUAAAGACUUGAUCCCUAAAAAAUUAAUAAAUUUCAUAAACUCUAUAGCAGUGUUGCCGCAUUUAAUUUGAAAUGUUUUUAAAUUUGAUAGUGUAAACUACACAAAUAAUUAAAUGUUUAUUUUACGUAUAAAGUUUAUUAAUAUUAAAAUAACGUUACAAAAAUAAUAAUUAUUGAAACAAAUGGAAUAACACAGUCUUAACAAAGAAAUCGACUGCAUUCCUCAACGGUGUUCGAUAAUCUGCCCAUCCAAAUAUUUGUCCCACUGACGUUGGGUUGUCUCUGCACUGACCGCACGACCCUUUUCUCGGCCGCUGUGUUUAUGAUGUUUUGGUUUCCCAGAAAUCGUCUCGGGUUAACGGACCAUCCAAAAAUAGAUUACAAUAGUAAAAUAUUA